UAAUAAAUCACGAACAAAGAUAAUCCAAUAGGUGAUAUAUUGGAUAAAAAAUCUGAUUUAGUCUUAUAGCAUUCUUUCCGAAAAGGAUGAGAACGAUAUAUUAAUCAUUCAUUUCUUCUUUAUUUACUUAAUUUAGAAUUUAGCCAAAGAAGAGGCAUUCAAAUCUUUGUUCGCCGUUGUACAAUUUUAAUUGAAAAACGCAUUUACAACAAACAUGGAUGAAGUGGUCGCUAUAAUGAAACUGCAAUAAAUUAGGAUUCGAAAUAAGUGGCACCUUAAACUCUUACAAUAAAAUGCUAUUUAUUUAGAUGGAUUUUCCAAUAAUUUCAACAGCAACAGAAAACUAAUAGUUAAAUUUUAACAGUUCUUAAAUUUCAAAUAAUUGGAUGCGAACUGUUACUUUAUAAAUCGAAAAUGACUAGAACGGGUUAAGCGGAAUAUAGAAAGGGGUAACAGAAAUAAAUAUUUAAAAACAAAAGAGAAGAAACUAAAAGAGACUGUUUGUAAUUCAGACCUAAGCAAAUGGAUUUAAAACAAAACAUAGGUAAAAUAGAAAGAACUGAACGGAAUAAAAGUUAAAUGGGAAAAACUUAAAAAGAAUUAAGCGUAAGAGACAUGAAAGGAAUAAAAAGGGGAAAAGAAAAGAACGAAAAUAGGACAUGAAAAUGGCUAAAUGAAGAAAUUAGUAGAAAGGAAAAAUUGAAAAGGACUUUAAAAGAAGAAAUUGAAAAAGAAUACGAUUAAGAGGGCUUGAACGGAAGGGAGAAAGGAUAUUUUAGAGGGACUAAAAAGAAGACAUAAAAAAUCUGCAAGGGACUAAACAGAAGAAAGUAGCUGGCCAAUUACACAAUGGUUGUCGCUGUAAGAGUUAGUCCGCCUGUGAAGGGGAAGGUGCCGAAGUUAAACAUGUUAGAGCUGGUAUCUGUUGCAAACAACAGAUAUAAAACCUCAAAGUUGAGAAGACGGCUUUUACCGCAAGGAUAUUGCUAUGUGUGCAGUCGUCUUGACCCCAGUGGAAUAUUUCGUAAACAAAAUGGUCAUUUGUAUAAAACAGGAUAUUUACACACAUGUGAGCACUUUCCAAAAGCUCCGUAUACAACAUUUGUGCAGGAAGAGAUACCGAUUCAAGACGACGAUGGCGGGGAUUCCUUAGCCGACUUAGCAUUAGACAAGACCGAAACAAUCAGAGUCACGAUUAGACGAGGAUCUAGGUCAACAGGGUCAAGGUCGACAUUGAAGACAGACGACAAAUUUGAACAUAGUCUGAACAAGUUUGAUGAAGAUCAGCAGUCGUCUGCUGAAAGUUUGUUCAAAGAAAAACUGCCUGACCAUUCCACCGGAAGGUUUAGAUUGCCGUCGUUAGCCGGUGGCGUAGAAGGAGGCCUGAGUGCAAGAUUUGAAGCAAAUAGGCUUACAGCCAGAAAAUUAAAUAUAUUCAGAAAAUCACAUGGUGCUCAAACCGGGUCUUCAAGAAAACUGAUGCUUCAGACCGAAUCCCUCCAUACCGGAAGUGAGCCAAACACGACUAGAGACUAUGUAACAACAAAGCCGUCUGAUUCUAAUCAAACUAGCGCUCGCUCAAUUUUUACUGAAGGUGCAGUUACUUCGAAAUCAGCAAGAACUGCUGACCUCGAUUCCUUGUUCGUAUCUUCUGGUCGGUCAUUGGCUAAGAAACAAUCUGCCAUCUCAAUGAAUUCAGGUUUAGAACUUCCGGUAACGCAUGGUGUUUUCAUUAACCAGUCAGAUGGUUUGCAAAAUGCUUUCACUACAGAACCUUUGAUCAGAGAAGAAAUAAUGAUUGAAGAAAUCCGGGAACCAGCUAGACGACUUAAAGCGAGAUUCCAGCGCGAGCGGAAGCCGCAAGAAAGACAUGCGCCAUCAGAACACAGCAUUUCAACAUACCGCCCAGAUUCAGGCCAUUUACGCUACCAUCAUCGAAUGACCGAAGAUUCGGUUCCGGACCCUGGAUUUGAAAUCCCUCCAACUCCUUCGGAAGACGUAUCCGACCUAGAGAAACUAAAAGUAGAACAAGAAGACGGUUUUGACAAGGAUGCUGUAAAAGAUGCUAUCAAAGGCGGUGUUAACGGUGAAGUGGAGCAUAAUAUUUCUGAGAAUAUGGAUAUACCGACAACUUUAUCCGGUAUUCCUUCAGAAAGACGCAGUUUUUGUCGAUGUGCUACGGAUUUAAGAGAAAUAAGUUUCACUAAAAAUAUAUGUAGAACAUGUGGCAAAGACUGUAAAUUAAGGAGUAGUUCGAGUAGAGGGUCAUCACACACUUAUUCUCAAUCAGGUACCAGCGCCAUGACCACUCGCAGUGGGCGUUUUAGGUCAACAAAACUACAAAUGUCCAAAGAGGAUGAAAUGGCGAUGUAUAGAAUGAAUGCAAGAACUAACGCAGCCAAGAAUAAAGACUUCGUCGAUCAUGGUUCCAAAAUAAUACACGAAUAUGAUGACGAAUAUUGGUCCAGUGACGAAGAGUUUGCAGACCUUGAUAAUUCCCCGGUGUCUUGGUUACGCAAUAACAAACCCUAUCCAUUACUUAACCCCGAUAUACACAAACAAGUUUAUAUAGAUGCUUUGCAAGCAGCAAAGAUGAAAGGUAAAAAGAAUACUGAAGACUUUGAAAUUGAUGAAUUGAAAAUGUUGCGUCGUCCCAAUGUUUUCUCUUAUAUACCUUUACUGCCGUAUAAGGACAAACAAAAAAUACGAUACAUCGGAAUUCGACCCGACGACUCUUCAAAACCAAAGAAAGGACAAUUUAUGAAGCAUAUUUUUGGAGACGUGCGACUAGACGACUUUUAUCCAUCAGCAAAGCCUAGUAAGGGCGGAAAAAUAAUUAUUGACGAUUUAGUAAAGACCUCAAGCACGGAACACAUGUCUUCUAAAGAAAGCCAAGUUCCAGCAACAUCAAGAGGCCCGGAGAGAUCGUCCAUCAGUCUGAAAAUGAAAAGCAGAGGGAUUAGCUUUGACAAUGAGGGAUGAGUAGGAGAAUUGUUUAAUUUAAUUUACUAGUAGUUGGGUUUGAAGUCCUAUCACCAACACAAUUUAGGCAAUAAUGCGACUUACAAGCUUUAAUUACGCUAGGUAAGUGCGGGUAACUGUGUACAUCAACCAUCCCUGAUAACACUUUCACUGGUACUAAUGAUUCGAAUUCAGCGAUUUUGACCAUUUAUCUGCGGACGUACUUGGGGGGAAAUAACCAAACAAACUCCAAAAGAAGUAGAUGAUUGUCAGCUGAAAUAUGGUGUACAAGUAGUUUUUAUAUUCAUUAUUGCGCUUGCUUGUUCCGAAUUAUGACAAUUAAUAGAAUAUACAUUUGAA